GUUUUCCUCUGGUGAGAAACUUUUCAUUUCGACUCCUCCUCUCAUUGGAUCAGCUGUUUGUCUAUCGGAUGCAAAGGAAACAAUUUAAUGUUUUCAAUGUUUUUACUUGAUGAUUAGCUAAUUACUUAUUCUAAUUGUGAAAAAUGAGUGAUUCAAAUACUCCUCUUGAUCGUGAUAAUUUUGUGGAAACUCAAUUAAAAUUAAUUCAAAUUGAAUAUGAAGCCGAAAUUGAGAAAACAAUAAAUAAUCAAAAGAAUCUGAAAUUAGUUGAUUUGGUUCGUCAAGGAGUUUGUAUUCACAAAUUGAGAUGUCUAUCAACUCGGACUGGUUUGUUUCGUCGAGUUUUAAUUACGUUGGCUCACAAUCAAAGUGACAAACAAUUACCUGCUCAUAAAAUCACCUGUGGUGAUAUAGUUUCAAUCCAUGAAGGUGCUGAAUCUGAAUCUCUCGCUUCGGGUGUUGUAUAUUCACUUAACUCAAACGCUGUCACAGUUGCAUUUGAAAAAGAGUCGAACCUCAAUUUGGAUCAAGAUUUUAAUAAUUACUGUUUAAUUAAGAUAUCAAACGAUGUCACAUAUAGAAGGCUGAAAAAGGCUUUAAUUAAUCUUCGCAAUUAUCCUGUUGGUGGGCGAGCAUCGGCUCUCAUUGAUUUACUAUUUGGCUGUCGAUUACCAGGUCGUCCUAAUGUAAUUGGACCGAUUGAAUUUUUCAACAGUCGAUUGGACGAUUCUCAAAAGGAAGCCGUGACCUUUGCUCUUCGGUCAAGAGAUCUAUGUAUUAUCCAUGGUCCACCCGGAACGGGAAAAACUACCAGUAUAGUUGAGGUCAUUCUUCAACAUGUGAAAAGAGGGCUGAGGGUCUUGGUCUGUGCUCCAUCCAAUGUGGCAGUUGAUAAUCUUGUCGAAAGAUUGGCCUCAUUUAAAGCCCGGAAUAUGAUUCGAUUAGGUCAUCCAGCCCGAGCUUCGAGUGAUAUUCAAAAGUUCACUUUGGAUGCAGCGAUAGCUCGUUCUGAUGAGAAUACAAUUGUCGAAGAGAUCAGACAAGAGGUUGAUAGUUUAAGGAGCUCACGAGAUCGUAGUAAACGCUCACAGAUCACUGAGCUACUGAAAGAUUUGAAACAACGCGAAAGAAGCAUCAUAAAGCGAGUACUUAGUGGCUGUGAAAUCGUCCUAGCAACUUUGGUCAGUUCCUCGCGCGAUGGUCCACUUAAACAUCUAAUAAACGAUCCUGAUAAAAACUUUGAUGUCCUCAUAAUCGACGAGUGUUCCCAAGCCCUUGAAUCGGCUUGUUGGAUACCGUUGACCUACGUUGACAAGUGUAUUCUCGCCGGUGAUCAUUAUCAAUUACCUCCGACAAUUAUUUCCGAAACAGCGGCCAAAGAAGGCCUUGAGUUAACUUUGAUGGAGAGACUUCUUUCCCGAUUCGAUCACGAAAAAGUGGUUCGUAUGUUAACGGUACAAUAUCGAAUGCACCAGAAAAUAAUGGAAUGGUCUUCCAAAAGUUUCUAUUCCAACAAAUUAACUGCUCAUCAAUCAGUAGAAAAUCAAUCAAUGUCCGAAAUCAGUAAUUUAACUGAUUGUCCACCCUUAUUGUUGAUCGACACCGCGGGUUGUGAUAUGCCAGAACUUGAUCUGGAGGAAGAAGAAUCCAAAGGAAAUGAACACGAAGCCGACAUAGCGGCCUCUUAUGUGACCUAUUUAAUUACCAACGGUGUUAAACCUGAACACAUUGGUAUAAUUACUCCGUACAAUUUGCAGGUUGAAUUGAUUAGACUUCGACUGAAUGAAAAACACCCUGGCGUUGAGAUACGUUCAGUCGACGGGUUUCAGGGCCGAGAAAAGGAAGUAAUUAUUUUAUCACUCGUUCGGUCAAACGAAAAUAAAUCAACUGGAUUUCUAUGUGAAUAUCGACGUAUCAAUGUGGCCGUAACUCGAGCCAAGAAACACCUUGUUGUCAUUUGCGAUUCCGACACUGUGACAGCAGAAAAACACAUCUCAUCAUUAGUUGAUUAUCUCAAUGAUAACGGAGAUGUGAGAUCAGCUCAUGAAUAUUUAAAUUCGAUGGAAACAUUCAAAGAUAUUGAAAGACCUCAACAUUUAAGGUUCAAGGAGAUGAAAAAAGAGACAAUUAAGAAACAAUCAAAAGUUACUCAACAAGAAAAAGGAAAAAAAUCAAAUCAAUCAACCAAAAAGGAACAACAAUCAACAACCAAAACAAGUACAAGUAGAACUCAAGAAGAAAAUGAAAACAUUGAGAAAACAAUUCGAGAUAAAUUGUUGGACUUUAAAUCGUCAUCCAAACUUGAAUAUUCAUUUCCACCGUCUUUGACCUCAUUUGAACGGCGAGUUGUUCAUUAUAUUGCCGAUGAAUUGAACUUGUCUCAUGAAAGUCAAGGCGAAGGCGACAAUAGGCACAUUAUCGUGAAGAAAAUUGUCCCGAAAAGUAGUCCAAUCAAAGUGCCGAAAGAAGCUUCGAGUCCUCAGAAAGAGGAGAUUAAACAAUCAACUGAAGAACCCGAAACAAUUAGUUUGAAAGAAGAAACAUCUUCAACAAUCAACAAAGAACAAUUAAAAAAGAAAGCGAAAAAAUCGAAAGUCAAAAAGUCCAAUCAACCAGAAGAAAUUGUUUCCACCGUUAGUACUAAACCUUUCACCUCUGUCCAGAAAAAACCCCCAGCAACAAUAUUGACCAAGAACUUUGACCUUAAUAGUAAAUUGGACAAACUUGAUGAUUUCGACGAAAUGUUAGAACUGGUCAAGCAAAUGGAUUCCGUUUGUUUCUUUAUCAAAUGUAAAGUGAAAACAGCGACUUUAGGUCAAAAUUGUCAAUUCUGUAAAAAAAGAUUUUGUUUGGCCCAUUCGAUGCCCGAAAUUCAUGGAUGUGGUGAUGCCGUUCGUGCCUAUGCUCGAAGUACAGUCCGUAAAGAAGGUAAAAUUUAUCCUGGACUUGGAAUUCCGAGUAAAAAACCCGAUCCCGUUAAAAGAUCACAAUUAGAAAGGAAGAUGAAUAAAAAAAUGGAGGAAAUGAGCUCGAAAAGGAAAACACAACCCAAGAAGGAUUAACUAAUUGUAUAAAAUUAAAUAUUCUGUUUACUAAAUAGUUAACUAAUCGACAAACGAUCCAUUGGUUUUACAAUUAAAAUCAUUUUCAUCAAACAACAACAA